UAACUUGUACUCAAAAACUUUUUUUUGUUUUGAUCAAUACUUGUACUCAAAACUAAAAUAUAAUUUCUUGAUGUAAGAUAUAUGUCGAUGAACAUACACAGGUUGCACCAAAUCUAUCCCACUAUCUCACUCUAGAAAAAGAAAAUGAUUUGAUCGCUCUAACAGAAUGAAAGUAGCGGCUGGUUUUAAUUCUCCGACAAGAGAUAUGCUGUCGCCGACGUUGUUUCCUCUCUUCUGCGUUUUGUUUCUCUGCUUUCCAGUUGCUGUCAUCUUCACAGUCCAGCGAGAAAUCACCGCCGCUACUUCGCCGGAGUUUGGCUUCCACUCACGAAAUCUACACGCUUCUACUCCGGUGGUUCGAUUUCGUCAGCAGAUUCCUAAAGACGACGAACAGCUUCUCCGACUCGCUUCCCGGGUCAACCCGAACCAGCCUUCUCCCGGGUCGAUCCGGAAGCUGGCUUUUAUGUAUCUAACGACGGCGCCUCUUCCGUUCGCGCCAUUGUGGGAAACGUUCUUUAACGGAAGCAGCAAGGAACUCUAUAACGUCUACGUUCACGCGGAUCCGACCCGAGAGUAUGACCCGCCGUUCUCCGGCGUGUUUGAGAAUCGAGUCAUUCACUCGAAGCCCUCGGAACGGAACACACCCACUCUCGCUUCAGCGGCGCGUCGGCUAAUAGCUCACGCGCUUCUCGACGAUCCACAGAACUACAUGUUUGCUCUCUUCUCGCCUUCAUGCGUACCCAUUCGCUCCUUUGACUUCACUUACAAGACGUUGGUCUCGUCUCGCAAGAGCUUCAUCGAGUUACUCAAAGACGAGCCGUUGCAGUUCGAAAGAUGGGCCGCGCGCGGGCCCAUCGCGAUGCUGCCGGAGGUGAGGUUUGACGAUUUUCGGAUAGGGUCUCAGUUUUGGGUUCUGAAACGGAGGCACGCGCUUGUGGUGGCGCGUGAUCGGCGUAUCUGGGAGAAGUUUAACAAGACGUGUUUGUGGGAAGGCUCGUGCUUUCCCGAGGAAAAUUACUUUCCGACACUUCUUAAUAUGAAGGACCCGCGCGGGUGUGUCCCAGCUACCCUCACGCACGUGGACUGGACCAUCAACGAGGAAGGCCACCCGAGGAUGUAUGAGCGAGAGGAAGUGGUACAUGAGCUGAUAGAGCGGUUGAGGAACACGCGACCGAGAUACGGUGAGGAUGGAAUCAACGGUUCGGAUUGGACAAUUGGGAGGAGUGAUCCGUUUCUGUUUGCUAGGAAGUUUUCUCCUGAGGCUCUGGAGCUGUUGAUGGGUAUGGCUCGAACCGUGUUGUUCAAUGACUCGGCAUGUGGUGCGUGAAUGGUUCUCUGAUGGCUUUGUUGUAAAUUUAGAUGUAGUUUUAGUUCUUUUGUUUUGGUUAAAAAGUAGAAGAAAAAUCAUUGUAAAUCUAUCAUUA